AUGGUAGCCGCUGAAGAGAGCAAAGUUGAAAAAAUCACUGAAAAGUUGGAAGAAACUCACUUGGACGACAGCAAUGCCGAAGCCAAUAAUGCUGCCGAAGAAGGUGCUGAAGACAACAAUGGCGGUGAAGCUACUGCCGCUGCUAAAAAGAAGAAGAAGAACAAGAAGAAGAAGAAGAAUGGCCCCAAAACUCAAACUGAGCCUCCUACUGUUCCUGUAUCAAAGAUAUACACUACCAAAGUGUAUCCUCUCGGUGAAUGUCAUGAUUAUAUCAACGAAAACACUUGGAGAACUACCAGCGAAGAGAAGCGUGCCGAGGAAAGACCCAAGGAAGACGAUUACAACGAUGUGCGUCGUGCUGCUGAAGUGCAUCGUCAAGUGCGUGCUUAUGCUAGAAAGAUCAUCAAGCCUGGUAUGACCAUGACUGAAAUUGCUGAAUUGAUUGAAAAUGGUACUCGUGCUCUUGUUGAAGAAAACGGCAUGGAAUCUGGUAUCGGUUUCCCCACUGGCCUUUCCAUUAACCAUUGUGCUGCUCACUACACGCCUAAUGCUGGCGAUAAGGUGGUCUUGCAAUACGAUGAUGUCUUGAAGGUCGAUUUUGGUGUUCAUGUCAAUGGUAGAAUUGUCGAUUCCGCAUUCACAUUGAACUUCAAUCCCAAGUUUGAUAAGCUUGUUGAAGCUGCUCGUGAGGCUACUUAUGCUGGUAUCAAGGAGGCUGGUAUUGAUGUCAGACUAUGUGAUAUUGGUGCUGCUGUACAUGAGGUCUAUGAUUCUUACGAAAUUGAACUGGACGGCAAGACGUACGAUAUCAAGCCUAUUCGUAAUUUGAACGGCCAUACGAUUGAACCUUACAAGAUCCAUGGUGGUAAGUCCAUCCCCAUCAUCAGAGACUCUGGCGAUGAGACCAAGUUGGAGGAAGGCGAACAAUUAGCCAUCGAGACUUUCUGUUCUACGGGCCGUGGUUAUGUCGUUGAAGAUGGUGAAUGCUCUCAUUACGCUAGAUCCACUGAUUCUGGAUUUGUGCCUUUGCGUUUAGCCAGAGCCAAGAGUCUAUUGGCUACCAUCAACAAAUCGUUUGGUACGUUGCCUUUCUGUAGACGUUAUCUUGAUCGUCUCGGUGAAGAAAAGUAUUUGAUGGGUUUGAGAAAUCUCGUGGAUGCUGGUGUCGUUACUGCAUAUCCCCCUCUUGUGGAUACCAAGGGAAGUUACACUGCUCAAUUGGAGCAUACUUUGUUAUUAAGACCAACAUGUAAAGAAAUUGUAUCAAAGGGCGAUGAUUAUUAA